AUGAACUACAUAAAAGAGUCUUGUGCAGAAUUUAAGGUAAAGGGGGAUAACAUCUCUAGAAAUAAUAGUAGUAAUAAGAUGAUUGAAAUGUGGUAUUUAUAUUUAUAUAAUCAUAAGAAAGGUUUAUUUUAUUUCAAUAUUGAUGAGAGUGAUAAUUAUAAUGGCUAUUAUUGUUAUGAUAAUUUUUUAGAGAUAUAUAAUAAGAUAAAAAAGAAUGAGUUGUGUCGGCAUGUAAUAAGUUUAAGUUCUGAAGAGUAUGCAAUUAAAAAAGAAGAAGAAGCUAAGAAUAAUUGUAUAAAUAUAAAAGAAGAUAUAUAUUAUAAUAGUGAUAUUGAGCCAUAUGUUAAUGAUAAAAAAUGUUUUAAUGUAGACUUAAUAAGUUCUGAAUAUAUUUAUGAUCGUAAUAUAAGAAAUACUAAAUGUUUUUGUUCUGAAAAGAAUAGAUCAUUUAACAGUUUAUUGUAUUUAAACAAUCACUUAUCAUAUUUGUAUGGAAAUAAAAUGGAAUACAUUGAAAAUUUUUUAGAAGAGUAUAAUAUGAAAAGAUUUGAAGAUGUUUGUAAUAGAGGUGUUUUAAAUAAUUUUAAAUCUGAUAUAUAUGAAAUAGGUAUAUAUGAAGAGAAUGUGGUUUCUUUUAAAUUACUUGAUUGUUAUAAUGGACAUGUUAUAAAAACUACAUAUUAUAUGAAUGAUGAUUUAAUAUUUAAGGAAAUAGAAAACUUGUUAAAUAAAAUGUAUCCACUGAAACAUAUUUUUAAUAAUGAUAGUGUUGUAAAAAACUAUCAGAAAAAAGUAUCUGAAAAUUUGAAAAUGGAAGAAUCUUUAAAAUUUGGAAUUGUACUUGAUUUUGAUUAUGUAAGAGAAUGUUUUGAAAAUACUAAAAAAAAAUGUAUGACAUUAUUAGAUUUCUUAAUAAUUCUGGAUAAAAUAUUGGAAAUCUUUAGACAAAACUGCGUCAUAAUGUUUCUGCAUGUAUGUAUUUUUAAUGAUAACGAUACAAAUAAAGAUAUUAAUAAUUAUAGAAAACAAUAUUCUUAUAUAUUUGAAGAAUUAAAAGAUACUCUUAAAUUAUUAGAACAAAAAGGUAUUCCUGUUGUUAUCAGAAUCAAUCCAUUUCAAUCUGUUCGUUUAUUAUUAAGUUAUAAUGAUUUUUCUAAUCCAUUUAUACAAGAUGUAAAUGAUAUGUAUUUAAAUGAGCAAGUAGAUCAUAUUGUGUUAGUAACAAAUAAUUCGAAUCUAAUAUCUUAUUGUUAUAAUUUUGAUCAUAGAAUUACUUAUUCUAUUAAAAAUAAAAAUAAUAAUGUUACAAGUAUUAAUAAUAGUAUCAUAAACAAACAUAUAUAUAUUGAUACUACAAAUGAGAUAUCCAAUGAUGAUCUUAAUGAUGAUCAUAAUGAUGAUCACAAUGAUGAUCACAAUGAUGAUCACAAUGAUGAUCACAAUGAUGAUCACAAUGAUGAUCACAAUGAUGAUCACAAUGAUGAUCACAAUGAUGAUCACAAUGAUGAUCACAAUGAUGAUCACAAUGAUGAUCAUAAUAAUAAUAGCAACAUUAUUAUGUUUAAUAAACCUGUAAUUGUUAUCUCUUCUUUGAGUUCUUUACCCUUGAAAAAUAAUAAAAUACAUGAUGAUAUAACUCUUGACAAUUUCUGCUACAUGACAUACAUUAUUAAAACUUUGUAUUUUCGUUUUCAAUCUAGAAAUAUACGUAACAUGCUCAAAAAUAACGUGAACAAUACAACUAAUUUGAUAAUAAAUCGGAUAGAUCAAAUGAAUAAAACAAAUCGCGUCAUCAAAAAUAAAAUUAAUGUCCUCUUAUUAGAUGAUAUUCUUAAUAAAAUAUUACUCAGAAAGGAAAAUAAAAACAUGAGCAUUCAUCAUCUACUACAAAAGGCAUAUUCUCCCUUAUAUUAUCCAAUUCAUUACUAUAUAAAAGAAAAAUGUAAAUAUAAAUAA